CAAUCAUGAUCUAUUGUGGAGGAAGACAUACUACGGGAAGACGACAAGCAACCCAACGAGUGCAAAAGCUCCCUUUGAUCUCCUGGCAAAAGAUUCGAUAUUUCUUAUCUGUAGGUAUAUCCCGCACCAGCCAGGCAGCGCGUAAAGUGUUUUACAAAAAAAGCGCACAUACGGGAGUGGGCUGGAAGCACGCGGGAAGCUCAACGAAUAGCUCCGACUGUAGCUUUCAAGCUCUAUAACCCCUUUUCAAGUACAGAUGAAAAAGAUAUCGUCAAACUCAAAGAAGGGUCCGAGCGCCGCCUCUGAUUUCGGGUACUUGCUGGACAAUCCGGUCGACGCGACAACGUAACGCUAAUGAUAUUCCACGUCGUCGAACCUCUUCAACCUCAUCCCUCCUUGCUCAUCUUCCACUCUCGAAAUCAAAAAACACAAGAAACACAAGAUGCCUGCUUACCGCAACAAGCGAGGACCAAAUAAGGGGACCCGCUUCCAAGGCAAGGGAUGGCGCGAUCCUUGCGGUGGAGGUCUCUAUUUUCAACUCAAGCGGGCAACCUUCUCACGAGGUCAUGAAGUAUCUCCGUACGAGACGAUGGAGCAUGUCAUCGAUUCUCUCAUUAACAGAGCCCUGACUUGCGUAUCGGCGAUGUCGAAGACGAGUAUCCUGCUCUGGACGAGGGUUUGGAAUUUGCGUUCUUCCUCAGAAAGAAAGCAAGCUCUUGAGCCAUCGAACGAGCGAGCCUUCAACGUCUUCGAUGGUGGAGAGACGGUCUACGUCAAGAUUAUGGAUGAGGGUACGGAAUAUGUGCAGGGCUAUACACCAGGUGGAGGUCAAUGGGAGGUCAAGGUUCGAGGCAAGAAACCCAAGGCUGAGGAUGUCAUUGCCACGUAUGGUCUUGGAGAGGCUCAUCGACUAGGACUUAUGAAAUGA